CAGAACCAAACCUCUCAGAAAGCUUACCAUUUACGUUUAUCCCCCCCACCGCUUUCGGAAAGAUUCCCAUUCCGCCCGCUCGAUCGCUCUCCAAUGGCGGGCCUCAACGCCCUCAACCGCCCCUCGGCGACGGCCUCAGCCGGCCCGCCAGGCCUCGCCUUGAGGCUCGUCCUCCUUCUCACCGCCCUCCCCCUCUUACUCUCCACCUUUGCCUUCGUCCUCCAGUGGCGCGGCGGCACCGACGACCUGGCCUCGCGGUGGCCCGCCGAGUCUCGGAAGUUCCCCGGAAUGGAUAACAGCCCCCUCGGCUCGUCCAUCUCGUCGUCGACGUCCGGGCGCGUGUCGUCGUCUUCCUCCGAUUGCGUGGAGAUCCUCGGCCGGAGCUCGUCUCCUUCCUUCCCUUAUUAUCGCGGCUGGAAGUUCAGUUUCGAUUUGGAUCCGCAUCCAAAGAUAAGUAUUGUAUCGACCACUUCAGCCAGUUUGGAGCAAAUUCUGCCAUGGCUGUUUUACCACAAGGUCAUUGGUGUCACACAAUUCCUUCUAUUUGUUGAAGGAAAGGCUGCAAAAUCUCAUUCUUCGGCAGUCCUUGAAUCCAUUCCUGGGGUCAAAGUUAUACACAGAACUAAAGAUCUCGAGGAGAAACAAGCGCAAAGCCGUAUCUGGAAUGAGACAUGGCUGGCAGGUUUCUUCUACAAGCCCUGCAAUUAUGAACUAUUUGUGAAGCAGUCACUAAAUAUGGAGAUGGCUAUUGUUAUGGCACGGGAAUCUGGCAUGGAUUGGAUAAUACAUCUUGACACUGAUGAGCUAAUGCAUCCUGCUGAUGCUCGAGAAUACUCUUUAAGGCAGUUGCUGUUGGAUGUCCCUAGUGAUGUUGAUAUGGUUAUCUUUCCAAAUUAUGAAAGUUGCAUCGAGCGAGAUGAUAUAAAAGAUCCCUUCAGCGAGGUAUCCAUGUUUAAGAAGAACUAUGACCAUCUACCAAAGGAUACAUAUUUUGGUAUGUACAAGGAGGCAACACGUGGCAACCCCAAUUAUUUCCUUACUUAUGGAAAUGGCAAAUCGGCUGCACGAAUUCAAGAUCAUCUUCGUCCUAAUGGUGCGCAUAGAUGGCACAAUUAUAUGAAGAUCCCAAAGGAGGUUAAACUGGAUGAGGCUGCGGUUCUACAUUUCACAUAUACCAAAUUUUCAGACUUGACCUCCCGGCGUGAUCGGUGUGGCUGCAAACCAACAAAGGAUGAUGUCAAAAGAUGCUUUAUGUUGGAAUUUGACAGAGCCGCCUUCAUUAUUGCGUCGACUGCCACUGAAGAGGAAAUGCUGCGUUGGUACAAUGAACAUGUUGUGUGGACGGAUAAACAAUUAAAUCUAAAGCUUCUCAAGAAGGGUGUCUUGACACGUGUAUAUGCACCAAUGGCCAUUAUUCAAGGUUUGAGGGAGUCUGGCGUUUUCAGCUCUGCAAUUGCAUCUGCACAAACACUCUCCAAAGAGAAAUUUUUGUCCUCCAUGGAAGGCAUCCAAAACAAAAACUCUUCGGCACUUCCCAAGUUGAGCACUGCUGCAUCCAAAAACAUGACGAGAGGAGCCGGUGGUAAAGAAUCUUAUGCAGCAGCAAGGAAGAUUUUGGAGACUGCUGUCUUCACUGAGAAUGCGAUUCCACCAAUAUCGCCGCCAGGCUUGGAUGAUAUCUAAAAUAAAACAUGCUGAUCUUCCAUUCUGCACUGCUUCUCUGAGUUCAAAUAAUUCUAGAAUACAACAUUCCGGGUACCAGUUAACUGCAGCAAAGGAAUGGAAUAGAAGCAACCUGUCUGAGACACCAUGAAUCACCCAUUCAAAUGGCGGUUUUUCUUCCCGAUCAUUUCAUCCAAGCGCUGGUUUUCAAUUUUGACAUGUUUUUUUUUUCAUGGAUUUGAAAGAUGUUAGAUGGAACAUUUUCCCCUUGGGAAUCUAUAUGCAUGAUUUGUUUGCAUGGUAUUCCCAUUAUUAUUUCAUUCUGUUCUAGAAAAUUUGUAUAGAAACUGAUAGGGGCUCUUGUUGUAAAUUUAUACUAAUCCACGGCUCUAUGCUAUACCAAAGGCUUAUGAAUUUUUUCCCCA